AUGUCAGUACGUUUAUGGAAGGCUGCCUAUGACACAUAUCUAGAGCCCUUUGCUCACCAUGUUAACGCGACAAUCAGUCGUCAUUCUGUUUUUGCUCCGCUUGUUAAAGAUGCAAAUACUGAUAGUAUCCUCCUCGUGGCUGCGAUUGGGUUGGUCGUUGGCGGGAUGUUUUUAUACAUGUUGAGGAAUCUUGCUUACCCUAGACUGAAACCAAAUGAACCUCCCAUGGUCCCAUAUUGGAUUCCUGUAUUCGGGUCUGCUCUUUGGUUGGGCAUAGACCCAUUCGGUUUCUAUGCAAAAUGUCAAAAAGAGUAUGGAGAUUACUAUCAAUUUCUAUUACUCGGGAAAAAAAUGGUCACUUGUCUUGGUAGCGAAGGCAACAAUUUUGUAUUUAACGCGAAACUGGCCGACGCGUCUGCCGAAGACGCAUAUAAAUCAUUGACAGUACCGGUAUUCGGGAAAGGAGUUGUGUACGAUGUGGAAAAUUCAGUACUGAUGGAACAAAAGAAAUUCGUCAAAGCUGGAUUGUCAAAUGAAAGAUUAGAAGCAUAUGCUUCUUUGCUUGUCAAAGAGACAACAGAUUAUUUUGCUCGGUGGGAUAAACAGUCUGGUGUUGAGGAUAUAUAUAAAGCAUCUUCUGAACUCACAAUUUUGACUGCGUCUCGAUGUUUAUUGGGCGAAGAAGUUCGAUCAAAAAUGAAUGAAUCAUUCGCACAAAUUUUUCAUGAUCUCGAUGGAGGCUUCGCCCCAAUUAACUUUGUUUUUGAAGACCUUCCCAUACCAGCAAACAAAUUACGCGACAAGGCCCACAUAAAAAUGCGAAAUUUCUUUCUGAAUAUCAUGGAAUCGCGUCGAGUGUCGGGGAUGGAUGACGAACGCACUGACAUCAUGUCCUAUCUAAUGAAACAAUGUCAUUAUAAAAAUGGCAGACGUCUCCCCGAUGUCGAAGUAGCGCAUAUAAUGAUUGCUUUACUAUUGGCCGGGCAACACACAAGUUCGACGACCUCAGCAUGGGCAUUCAUAUUUCUCGCACAAAACCCGCAUCUAUUCGAGAAACUACGAGAAGAACAAAUCAAGGUUCUCGGGUCUUUAGAUGCCCCACUCACCUUGGAAACAGUGAAAAAACUGUUGUUGCUUGAUAGCAUUGUUCGUGAAACGCUUCGACUUCGACCCCCGAUCACGAAUAUGAUGCGGAAAGCUAAUCGUGAUAUCCCGAUACCAAAUACCAAUUAUGUGGUUCCGAAAGGCUCUUAUAUUCAGGCGGUGCCAGUUAUGAGUCAAAGAGCCGAUCAGUAUUUCGAUGAUCCUGAGAAAUUUUUGCCGUCACGAUGGGAAAAGUUUGAUAAAGAUGUAAAAGUCACGGAUGAUGAUAUUGUUGAUUAUGGAUGGGGUGCGAUGCAUACCACUUCGGCAAAGUCACCUUAUCUUCCAUUUGGAGCUGGUCGUCAUCGAUGCAUUGGUGAACCAUUUGCUUUUCUACAAAUAAAAACCAUUAUUGCCACUUUUGUACGUACAUAUGAUCUUAAACUACAUAAUGACAAAUUUCCCGAUUCCGAUUAUACUACAUUAAUUCCACAACCGAUCAAACCAAUGAAAUUCAAACACCCCGGAACAUCAUCCUCAGCAAGUCGUUCUGUUCCACAGAAACGACGCACAUCCGGUGAUAAAAUACCAUUAGGUAACGAGAAGCGAGGCAAAUUUGAGACUGUUACUGUAGUUAGUCGUGGAGGAAAUAGCAACAGUCCAACAGACCUCAGAAGGGAUGCGAUUAGAUACAAGGAAGCAGCAGACAACAAUCGCACCACAUUACUUGUUCAUCGGGAUUAUGGAUCUGUUGAUGGGUCUUAUAAUUCACCUAUUGUUAUUGAACCGAGACGUCAAGAGCAACCCACUUCACUGGAAAUACCUUUGGGUGGUAAUUCUUUACCAACUCAUGUUACUCACGAGAAGAUGAAAUCUGGCGUUCGAGAGGUGAAAACUCGCAAACAGAUUUACAAUAAUCAUCCUAGACAAGAACAUUUUAAAGCUACGACAUCUGCUACUACCAUUGCUUCUUGCUAUAGUAGUAGUAAUCAUUUUAAUAUGAAUCAUGAUGAGUGUAAUAAUGUUAGAAUAAUUGUAAUUAGUGAUGAUGACGACGAAGAAAGUGACCAAUUGAACACCAAAAAUAGUAAGUCGAUUCAGAAGAAACCGAUCCAAAAGAAAAAGGACAAUCUUCAUAAUAUUAAUAGUAAUUAUAGUAAUAACAGUAGUAAUCAAAGAGAUCUCAGAUUCAAUCAUGGAAAUUCAACACCGAAUUCAAACUUCGCGAUAAAAUUGAGUGAGGUUGAAGAUAAUGAUUUUAGUGAUCUUGAUGAUGAGGAACCGGAAGUGGGAUUUGUUAGUUCAGAUCCAUAUCAUGAUAUUAUUGCUUUUCCCAUAUCAAAAGAUAUCUCGGUGGAAACUAUCAUUGAAGAUAUUGUUUUUGAAUGUGAAUUACAUAGUCAAUCAAUUCAAUCUGAGAUGAAGGAACGGACAAAAAAUGAACAUGAAUUGCCGAUUCAAUCAGACACAAAAGAAUUCGCAAAUAACGAAAAGAAAUUCAAAAAGGAACUAAAGAGCCUUCCAACAAGACACAUGUCAACAAUCGCAACACGGAUAAGUCUGGAUCAACUUGAGUUCGUAAAGUCAAUUCACGACAGCAGUGGCGACGUACUGGAAAUCUCUUUCAAUGAUAAAGAUCGACCAAAGCUUGCAAUUGCAUGUGUAGCCAAUGAAGAUCCAACUUACAACACCAUAGGAAAUUUAAAAUAUUGGGAUAUCCUCAACUCAAAGAUAUAUUCAUUGGGCGGUCACAAUAUACAACCAAAUUUGAGGAGCCAAGAAUCACAGAAAAUCUACAAAACGGUGACCGAUGUCAAAUUCGUAGCUGACGGUGAUAUGAUGAUCUCGGUAUCGAUUGACAGAACUGUCAAAUUAUGGGAUACAAAAAAUCGCCCUGGUGAUUUAUUGCACACAUAUACUUGUAAUAGUCAAAUAAAUCGAUUAGUAAUUGAUAAUUCCCUGGGAUCUAACGAUGAGUUAUUUGCCACUUGUGAAAACGAAGGAAUCGUCUCACUUUUUAGGAUAUGUGAAGACGAGGAUUAUUCAAUCGAUGAUGUGACGUCAUUUAUAAAUACAGAGUCUAGAGAUCGAGUGGCAAGCGAUCUCGUAUUUGGCCGGAAACGAUCUGCUAAUAAACUGAUCGUUGGGUAUUAUGGGAAAUGUGGCUAUGGAGAAGGCGUAAUUCAAAUGUGGGACAUUGAAUCAAGUGCUAUUCUCUCAAAAAUAAAAAUUAAACAAAGUGUGUCAUGUGUUGCGAUCUCAAAUUGUGGCAAAUUUGGCGCAUGUGCAACUACCGGUGGAUCAAAGAAAAACGGGAAAAAAACAAUAGCAGAAAAAGGUGAUCGGAUGCUGUACCUUUUCGACCCACGUGCAAGCGAAGUUUUCGCCAGAGGAGAAACCAACGAAGAGGACGCAAACCUAGUCACUUUCUCCCCGUCCGGAAAUUUCGUUGGUGUUGGUGGAAUGAGCAAUCAGGUUACCAUCUUUGAUAUCCGUCAAAUGAAUCGACAUCUACACCUCCUCAAACAUAAGCAUAAAUCCAAUUAUAAUAAUUAUGAUGACCGCGAGGGGGUGAACUCAGUGGCUUGGAGCUCUGGUAACGUCAUUAUGACUGGUGGGGCGGACUCAUGUGUACGUGGUUGGGAUCUAAGACUCGGAGAACAUUCUCCCUUGAUCAAGAAUUUUGCGAAUCACGAUAGCCCAAUAAUGGCUAUUAAUUUAUCCUCCGAUAAUAGAUUUAUGAAUGUUGGGGUUGCUACUGGUCGUACUUAUUUGUAUUCAAGUGAUUACGACACAUUGGAGAUGUAUAAAGAUCGAGGUGAUGAGGCGCUUACUGUUCUGAAAUUUGAUGAUCACUAA